AUGAACAAGAAUUCACCCUCACCGAGUUCACCAACCCCUGUGAUUUUGGUGUUGGUCACCAAUAAAUAGGGGAAAGUGCUUGAACAUAGUCAGUUCUUCAGAACCUUCUCUGUCUUUGGAUAAGUUAAAAAGGUAUUUAUUUGUUCUCCGAAUAAUUAAAGAUUCUCAUUUUCGAAAGAAAAAUCAUCUGGAAAGUAUUCAUCGAAUAUGAGACAGCCCAAUAAGCACAAUCAGCACUCAUCUUAGAUGGCACUCUCUUCGAUUACUAACUGAAAAUGAGAGUACACCUAAGCUAACGAGAUUCCCUUGUGUUUCAGAAUAACAACAAUUGCGGUGUAGGUAAUACUUUAUUUAAAUAUCAAAGAUUACACUGCUCUUCAAUCCAAAUAGUAAUUUUUUCAACAAUUGAAGGAAGAUUCAAGUUCCCUUAAUCAACAAUUAUAACAGAACCUUGAAAUUUUAAAUCAAUUUAUUACUCAACUCAAUUAGACGACUGAUUUAAAAGAAUAAAUUUCCUUAAUCCAAUAGAUCCAAGAGUAUCGCAAUCAAACCCAAUAGUUGACAGUCCUUUAUUAAUAACAAUUGCGUAAUUAUGCUUCCGUACUGUAACGAGAAGGCAAGAAAUAAAAAUAGAUCGUAUCAUCAACUACAACUCCAUCCCCUUCUCCUUUUCAGCACUCUACUCUAGAUUCUAUAAGAUAACAAAUCCUUGAAGAGUCAUCUGAAGAUGAUAAAGAAGAGUUUUCAGAUGGAGAAAGCAUUACAUCUGAAUAGUCACACAAGUCUCAACAAUCUGGUCGUUCUGAAGAUAACUACAAUGAAGUCUUUUGUAAUGAUUCUAGUAACCCAUUUUCUUGUGGAGCCAGUCCAUUCACUCCAUAUCCUUAAUCAUAAAGCAGUCCCUUUUUAAUGACUCCCACUCCUCUACCAUAAUAUUUGGUAGUGUAACAUCCUAAUACUAAUCUACGAGUGGUGUACAACAUUUUUAGUACAAUCACAAGAGUAGAUGCUAUAUAUCAAAGUUAAUAUGGAGCUUUCCUCUAAUUGGCAUCCAAAGAAGAAGCAAUUAGAAUUAAAAACUUACUCAAUAAAGGCCUUCUUUUAGGAAUGCCUAUGACUUUGAUGAUUUCUGAAAAACUACCUCAGGAUGCUCUUCAAGUAGCCCUACCACCUAAUGAUAGAAAGCCAAUCAUAAAUUAGUAAUUGUCUAAUGCAAUUUAAAUUACUGGACUUAUAGGUGUUACAAUAGAGUAGAUGUAUUAAUACUUUGGAUGUAUGACACCUAUCUUAAACAUGAAGUAAGAAAUCUCAUAUAUAUAUAUUUAGAUUCAUUAAUCAAAGCUCUUGCAAAAUACUCUAUUCUGAUGUAGGAUGCAGUCUUAGUGUCUUAGGUCAUUUCCAAGAUGCCAAGAUCAAUGGAAGGUAUCAUAUUUAUUAAUUUGUCAUAGAUCUGUGUAACUUUCAUUCACAGCUUUCUGAUU